GGGGGUAUAUAAGCAAUGAGUUACUUGACAGAUCUGCAGUUUUACAUUCAGCUGCCUUGGCAGAGAACAGCAUUAACCAUGCAGUUCUUAGUUGCUCAACAGCAAAAGAAUUUCCUAGUUACUGCUUUGAGCAAUUAUUCUUCUGCAGUGAACAAUAUGGAACAAACAAUCAUGCUUCCUAGCCUCCUACAAGACAUCCCUAUGGAUGACCACGAUGAAUCUAAAGAUGCUGCAGACACUUCACACAACAUGUACGAAUGCUAUCUCCUGCUGAAGUCCAUCAAGAACACUGUGGAGAGUCGCAUGCUACCCUCUGAAGAUCUGAAACGGAAAAUCAACAGUGCAUAUGACUUGGAAAGUGACGAUGAGGCAAAUUUAGAGAAACUUCUCUAUGUUCACGUGAAAGGACUCUGUACAGUGUUGAAUACAUUGACCAACAAAGCCAACACAUUGACAAGUAGAUACAAGGACAAGAUUGGACUUUCCCUAUAGCCUUGUUACCUGGCAAGAUGCUCAUUCAGCUGACAAUGAAUGGCCUGAACUAAUGAGCUCUGGAGAAAGAAGGUAACCUGUACUGCUUGGCUGAAAACAUGUUUCAAAGUAAAGACCAGAAUAAAAAUUCUGCAGAACACACCUGGCUGAUGAUCAAGAACUGUAUUCAGUGAAGCACCUCUUCUUGCAGAAGUGUCAGAAUGUGCCGUGCUGCAUAGAUUGUGAAUUCUUAACUCUGUCAAUGAAAUACUUCUGCAAGAAACAUUUUAGAACUGCAUCAAGAUCAGUUUGAACGUUCUGUUACAUGGAAGAAAAGGUUUCCCUUUCUGCACUUGAUCAUAAAUGUGAACUACUUCCAUCAUUUCUCAUUUAUGACAUAAAUAAAGGAAUACAAAUUAUUUUAAAUUGGUGCUUACUGUUUUUCUUCUUUUCCUUGGAGCAAGAAAGGUUGUGAGAUUUAAUAGAAGUAUACAAUUACGGAUUUAAACAGGUAAUAAGAGAGAAGUGUUUCUAUGAGCAAAUGAUUGAGGGAAGGGGACACAAAUGAAAAGUGAUGGGCAAAAAAUUCUAGGGGGAAAGUUGUGAGAAACAACAUUCAUUUAAGUGGAGUGCAAUAAUCUGGAGCUCUGCCUGUAAUAGAAACAGAGUCAGUCUGCAGACAUGGAAGGUGCAGUAUAAUUGUACAGUUCACUUGCUGAUGAGUAGCCCUUCCCAGAAACAUAAACUUCCCUAGGACAGAAUUUUUUUUUGAAAUUGAUCUGGAUAGGCAUUUGAAGGAAAAGAAUUUGAAGGGCAAUUGGGAGUGAAAGAGGGACUGGAACUAAUGGUAC